GUCGGGCGGAAGCAGCGAGGAAGGGCUGGAGGCGGAGGUGUCCCGGGUUUUGAUGGCGGGGGAACCGAGCCGGGCGCAUCAUUAUGUGGCGCGCCUCUCCGAGUGGGCGGACGCACACCUGACUCUGCUGCGGAGUAUCAGCACCGGAAUGGCUGUAGCUGGAGUAGUUUUACUGGCAAAGAGCGUUAAACUGACAACCAAAUUCACAAAUGUUUUGGAAAUACCUUCAGAAUUUAUAGAGAAGAAUGUUAAGCUUCGUGGACGGUUACACCAAAUAACCGAUCAAGGAUUAGAAAUUGAACAUAUUCCUAUCACCCUUCCAAUUAUUUCAUCUUUGCAGAAGAGAUGGCAUGCAGACGGAUUGUUGCUGGUCAGGCUUGCUGGUGUAGAGCUGGCACCAGGUGGCACGGUCUGGUUAAAAGGCGAAAUAAAACCCUCACAAAUGAUGUGGUUCCAACUUCUGGAAAGGAAGAACUCAGUGCUUCAUUGCCUUGUGGUGGUCAAAAAGGGUAGAUUUUCCAGUGUCUGCCUGAAUGAAGAAAUCUUGAGGCAAGGGCUUGGGAAGACAGUUAAUAUUGAAGGACUUUCACAUGAGUCCCGGAUAUACUGGAAGCUUCAUAAAAGGCUACUUCAAGCUGAACUGAAAGCUGUCAAGAAACAUAAAGGAAUCUGGAGAGAAGAAACAUUCAUUGAGAAACUUAGAGAGCAUAUUACCAAUAAUAAAUAUCUACAAAAGUUAAAACAACUUGCAACCUGGCUAAGAACCCGUCUCUGAAAGCACAAGGAUUUUGAGGGAAAAACACCAGAUGGAACAGGAUGCAGCAUUAUAUUCUUUCUGAUGGAAUAGUACUAUAAAAGGUCUGGUCUUCUGUUGGUGGCUCCUGCCUUGGAAGAAAAUGAGAACAUCCGAGAAAAUAUUUCUUGAGGAGAUGGGCGUAUAACUAGAAAUUCAUAUAAGUUGAAUAUACAUUUCGUUAUUUGAAAAUGAAGAAUGCAUUCUAGGAUACCCAGCAGAAAAGGAAGAUGUAAGGCUUAAUGAACAGAGGGCUUUCCCACACAGCCAUAUAGCCCAGAAUAUCAAGGCAGAAAAGCCCACAAUAUCUGCUUUGAACUGGAUUAUUUGAGUCCACACUGCCAUAUAUUCCAGUUCAAAGCAGAACAUGUGAUAUUUUAUUCAGCUGUGUGGAAGGGGCCAGAGAGUGAUGUGAAAGUGCUGGUAAUAUCGGGUUAGUGUGGAUCUUGUUGUUGAUUUACAGGAGUGAAUAUUAUGUUGUUGAUAGCAGAAUACCUUUUUUUCCAGUGAUGUAUUUAGUGGAUAUUGUUCACAAAACCAAAUAACAGGUAGAGAACCUAGUCAGUUUAUGCAGACUUCCGUGUACAUUAUCCUCUAACAAGAUGUAAAGUUCAUAUUGCCAUCAGCUGCUGAACUUACCACAGGUUUUCCUGGUUCAGUUGAAUGCAUGCCAGCAACGCAAACACAGCGGCCUUUUCAUAAUCAGAUGAUAUUUACUUCCUAAAACCCAACCUACUAUUAGCUAAGAUCAUCAUGAAGAUGUUAUGAGCUCUAAACUGUCCUUUCUGUGGACACUACACGUUCCUGUCAUUAUAUAUAUCAAAGCAAAGUAGUUGCAGAUCUUGGUAACUUGAGCUGCAUAUUAUACACCUGUAGUAAUCUAGAAGAGGUAGAAAUGAUCUCACUUCCUGACCUGGCAGACCAUAGAAUUGCACUGGGAUACUUAGAAAUUCUUAGGGAGGUAUCCUCUCUGGGAAUUUGCUAGGUCCUGCAGUGCAACUCUGUGGUAACUUCCAGCCCAAAUACAGUCUCAUGUUUAACAUGAGUUUACACUGAAGUUUAUUUUGUUUCUAAUGCAGCCAAGUAGAUACUUUUCUUGUAAACUUUUUGUGAGUUAGGGCAUUAUGGGUGAUAGCCAUUGAACUAUAGGUAAACAACACACAGUUUUACACAAACAUUGUGUCAUCCCUUUGUUGUCCAGGUCCAACCUGAUAGCUAUAGAAGCAUUCACCCACUUUGUUGCUACUGGUAUGAAUGUGGCUUGGAUUUUACAAAUUCAAGCCUUGUUGAUUCUAUAGGGACAAAAUUCACAGACCAGUGUACUUAUGCAUGAUGUUUAUAGACCACUUUCUGGUUGCAGUCAUAAAUCCACUUACUUAGAAAUUUUGAGCUUGCAUUCAAGGCAGUGUUCAUUGGACCAAGAUCAAGUCUGUUGCUGCGUAACCAUAACCGUUGUUGUGUACUCCUCCUUCCAAGAUUAAUUGACCUGAUCGUAAGAUGAGAGCGCAUGACUGUAUUUACUUUGGAGGAACAUUAUGUAUUACUGAUUGUUCUAAGCCAUUUAUUUAAAUGCUUAACCAAUCUGAUGAUGAGACUACUAUUUUAACAGUCUUGCCUCGACUCUAGAAAAAAUAUGUGUAUGACACAGAAAAAUAAAUGAUUCAAUAUGACUUUUCCUGUUCUCUUUGCAAACCGGUUAAGUAUUAAAAUAUUAAUCUGUUUAAUUACUAGCAGUAAUUCAGAUGCUUUAACAAUAAAGUGAUUAACUAUAAACCA